AAAAUAUCUAUCAAUCACAUCGCUACAUUUGGAGCUGGGAAGAGUCACUCUCAGGCUGAUGAAGUCUCGCCAGCUGGAGUCACGACAGCCGCCAUGUCUGCUCGGCCAGUGAGUGUUCUCACCAAGAUGGAAUAACACUCGUUUAUUGACGAAAGAAAUGAAGUCCCGUAGAAGAGGCUUAAAACACUACGGAAGACCCUCAUGAUCCAAGUGUUGUGAAAGAGACGGAGAAGGAAGAGGUGAUGUUAUGGCUCCCUCUCACAUCUCUAUCCCCACCAAAUUGCCUCUCCUGGUGGUGUCCAAUGGUGUGUUAUUCCCAGGCUCCACCAUCAGGAUACCAGUCACCACCGUCAGGAAUGUUAAUUUGGUGCGUUCACGGCUCACCUCAGACAGCAGGCUGUCCAGCACUGUGAUUGGCAUUGUCACAAAGGAACCCGGCAAGGAUGGCAAGGGCAGCACCAUUCAUGAGAUUGGCACAGCUGGCGUGGUGGUGCAGGUGACGGGCACCAGCUGGCCCCGUCCGGUGUACACCCUGCUGGUGACUGGCCUAUGUCGCUUCAGGCUGGUGUCCAUCAUCCAGGAGCACCCCUACCUCAUGGCCACCAUCAAGCAGCUGGAGGACCUCAAGAAUGUGGAUGGUGAAGAUGAUGCACAACUUGCAGAAUUGGUUGCCGAGUUCAAGGAGACGGCACAGAAGCUCAUAGACAUGUUGGAUAUAUCAGUGCCUGGUGUGGCCAAGCUGAAGACAGCGGUGGAGCAAGCCCCAAGCCAGCAGUUGGCAGAUGCAGUUGCAGCGCUGAUUGGAGGCUCACUGCUGGAGAGGCUACAGGUCCUUGAUGCGCUUGAUGUCGGAGCUCGGAUCCGCGUCACUCUUCCCCUCCUGCUGCGUCACAUACAGAAACUCAAGGAUAUUCAGGAGGACAAGAGUGAAGAGAAAGAAAAAAAAAAUGUACAGAUGAUCCGCCUGUCCCGAGGAGGCCGCAACCUGUCCCCCAUGCUGGACCCUCCUGAUGACGGGGACAAUGAUAUCACAGACUUGGCGGAGAGGAUCAAGUCUGCAAAUAUGCCAGAGGAGGCUGCUAAGGCUGCCAACAAGGAGCUGAGCCGUCUGAAGCGCAUGGCUCCCCACAUGCCAGAGUACUCAACCACUCGCAAUUACCUGGAGCUCCUGGUUGACCUCCCCUGGUCCAGCUCAGUGAAGGAGACCUGCCACAUCACCAAAGCCAGAUCCGACCUGGAUGCUGACCACUAUGGCUUGGAAAAGGUGAAGCGCCGUGUCCUUGAAUAUCUUGCUGUGAGACAACUGCGUGGGGAUCUAAAAGGACCCAUCCUGUGCUUUGUGGGUCCCCCUGGUGUUGGGAAGACUAGCAUUGCCAAGUCCAUUGCUACAACCCUUGGCCGGCCGUACCAUCGAAUGUCCUUAGGUGGUGUAAGUGACCAGCAUGACAUCCGAGGUCACCGCAGGACUUACGUUGGUGCCAUGCCAGGUCGAGUCAUCCAGGGCCUCAGGAGUGUCAAGGUGAAGAACCCUGUGAUGCUCCUGGAUGAGAUAGACAAACUGGGCUCGGGUAUCCAUGGAGACCCUGGUGCCGCCCUACUGGAGGUGCUGGAUCCCGAGCAGAACUCCACCUUCACUGACACUUACCUGAACCUGCCCUUCGAUCUCUCCCAGGUGUUGUUUGUAGCAACAGCCAACUCCCUCACCACCAUCCCCACCCCGCUGCUGGACCGCAUGGAGGUCAUCAAUGUGCCAGGCUACACACAGGAGGAGAAAGUGAUGAUUGGUCAUCUUCACCUCCUUCCCAAGCAGCUGCGGGAACAUGGACUUAGCAAUGACAUUCUCAACAUGCCCAAGGAAGUCAUUGCCACCAUAAUUGGAGAGUACACUCGAGAGGCCGGUGUGAGGACGCUGGAACGCAAGAUUGGAGCGCUGUGCCGGGCAGUGGCUGUGCAGGUGGCGGAGUCAACCUCAGGUAAAGGCGAAACCAAGACCCCACAAGAGGUGGAGGUGGCUGAAGAACAAGCUGACCUGAGUGGUGAUGCUAACAAGGUGGUGGUGACAGCAGAGGGUCAGGCCAAGGAGCAGGCAUUGCCCAAGCACCAGAGCACCACACAGCUACGAGAACAUCUGGAGCUCCCCAUUGUGGUGGACCAGAAGAUGAUACAUAACAUUCUUGGGCCUCCAAUAUUCCAAAGUGGGUUGGCUGGCCGGGUGAGUGUUCCUGGGGUGGCAGUGGGCCUGGCCUGGACACCUGUGGGAGGGGAAGUGAUGGUGGUGGAGGCCUCUCGUUCGCCUGGGGACUCGGGCCUCACACUCACAGGCCAGCUAGGCUCCGUCAUGCAGGAGUCAGCCAAGAUUGCCCUCUCGUGGGUCCGACAGCAUGCUUAUUUGUUGCAGUUAGAGAAAGACUUCAUGAAGGAUGAGGAGAUCCACAUGCACUUCCCAGCAGGAGCCAUCAGCAAGGACGGCCCAUCAGCCGGUGUCACUAUCCUCACUGUGCUGGUGUCCCUCUUGUCCAGCCGCUGUGUACGCCCUGACGUGGCCAUGACUGGGGAGAUCACCUUGAACGGGGUGGUGUUGCCAGUUGGUGGCAUUAAGGAGAAGUUGCUGGCCGCCCACAGAGCAGGACUCACCACUGUCAUCAUUCCUGCUGCUAACAAGAAGGACUUGACUGACAUUCCAAACUCCAUCUUGAAUGAGAUAGAGGUGGUGCUGGUGAACACUGCGGGGGAGGUGCUUACAGCAGCUUUUGAAGACGGUUUCCCUGACAUUGUUCCUGAAGAUGAGGCUGUGAUGAAAACCCUAAGAAGCAAACUGUAGUGGUCCUUAAGUCUCUUGAUAGCUCGAGAAUGCAGCUUCAUGUGUUAAACCUAUGGUGCUCAAUCAACAUGCAUUUCUAAGGUAGCAGUUAAAGUGACAGGAUGGGAGUAUAACUCCAUUAGAGGCAAUAUGAUCGAUAAUAAUAGGAUUGGAAUAGUGAUGUGUAUGUAUCUUUGUGAGGGAGAAGUUUGGUAAUGGCCUCUGGUUUUCAACUUUUCAUUAGGAUAACAUGAUGAUGUUGAACUUUGUGAGGGAGAGAAUGAGUUUAUUAGGGUAGAUGAAAGAUGGAAUAGAAGAAUGAUAAAGGUAAAAAAGAAAAAGAUGGUAGAUAAAGAUUGAAAAAGAGGGUAAGUAGAUGAAGAGUAGUUGUAAAGCUAGUAUGAAAUAACUCCUAUUUGCAUGUAGAAUCUGGUGUGUGGGUGAGUGAAGGAGAGAAUGAGUGAUUAGUGAGAAUGAAACAAGGAAUACAAAAGCUAUUGAGAGAUUUUAUUACUGUAACAGAGUACUUUUAAGAAGGAACAUAAUGAAGGGAAGAAAGCAAAGGCAGGAAGAUUGUUAUCUCUCUCCAGAGGCCAUAUGUUUCAUCAGGUUACUUAUAAGCUUCUCCAGUUUCUUGAGUUCCUGUUGGCUGUCUGUCUUGUACUGCAGGCACUGCAAUGAACAAAGAAUAAUAAUAGGUUGCUACAUAAGAAAUACUCAGGUUUGGUAAAGUUGCAAUGCAUAAUGUAACCACGAAUUGAAUUUACUAAUAAUGCAUACUCAAUUUCUGGAAUUCAUAUGAAAAUAGAUCAUAUAAUGUAAAUUGCAAGGAUUUAGUAUGCAUUAUUAAUCUCUGCAGUGAAAUUUGUAAAUUGUUUGUUUAAACACUGAUAUAGAACCAGCUGAGGGUGACACAAUCUCGUGAACUAAAUCCAUCUGAACCUCAACAUUACAAUCCAUUAGGUAUAUUUGCUAACUUCAUUUAAAAGUCCAGUAGUUUAAGAGCUGGACAGAUAUCUGCUUGUCUGUCAGUAAAAGUGUGGUUGGCAUGUAGGAAGUGCACGGUGCCAAUUGCAAUGUUUUCAUGAUGAGUAUAUACUCAAGUAUUCCUGGAACGUUCAAUUGAACUAAGAUUAAUAUGCUCAACUGUAGUCCAUAGUUUUAAUUUCUGAACUUAUCAGUUUUAAUAACACCAAAACUAAACAAGAAUUUACCUCCUCCUGCUAAUUAGUCUCUCUCUCUCUCUCUCUCUCUCUCUCUCUCUCUGUGUGCAUGUGACUAUAUUCAGGGUAAUAUUUUGGUGCCAGACAUGUUACGUCAACACUUGUCAACUGGUCACCAUUAACAAAGGGCUUUUUGCAGGAAGGCAAACUAAGUUUGAAAACAAGACUGGCCUGUUCAAAUCAAUGAGCGCAUCACCCACUGACAGUGUAACCAUGUUCUCAUAAAAACAUCUAGCAGUCUAAAGCUGCACUGAAUAUAACUGCAGUCAGACAACAUUAUGAAAAUAUGUGUUGCUUAAUAAAUCGUAUGUAUUACACAUUCCAAGAAUUGGUGACUCAAUCCACUCUACCCAUGUAGGUCACCCAUGUAGGUCACAACUUGAAGACAGUCCACUGGACACUCCAAAGCUGGCCAGCAUGUAUUCAUUAAUUAGUGUACAUUGUGAAAAGCAACUUUGUGAAAUAGCUGUACAUCUUGCUUUACAAUAUAUAUUAUUUUGUGUUCAA